GCUUCGUGCGUUGGGCAUGGAUGGGGAAGAGCCAGCGGCGGCUGGGGCACGAGAGGCUGCUGGCAGCUCCCGCGGUCCGCCGGAGGAACAAGAACAAAAUUGUGACAUAGGUGAACUUUUUGAGUGUGAAGAUGAGAGCAAAAACCUUCAUGCUAAAUUAAUGGAGGAGCAACAGCAAUUAUUAGAAGAAUUACAACAAAAAAUGGAAGUUGUGCAUCAAGGAGAGCUGCAGCAAGCAGAGGUCCUGGAUAAUCUUAAAUUGGAAGCCUUAAGGCUAAUUUCAAAUAACAUACACACAUCUCAGAUGGAGGUAAUGCAAAUGAAUCUGACAAAGGAGAAGGAAACUGCCCUAAAGGAGCUCUGUGAAAUGCUCAGUGAUAAGCAUGCUCAAGAAAUUGCAAUUCUGCAAAGUCGAUGCCAUUUUGAAUUGGAGCUUAUAAAGAAACAGAAUCAGAAAGAAAAAGAAGAAAUAGCUUUGAAACAUCAACGUGAAAUGGAUGAAAAGAAGAAAGAAAUAACUCUGGAAAUGGAGGAAAAACAUUACAUUUUGGAGAAUCUUAAAAAAGAAUGGGCAUUGAAUGCAGACGUCAGUUUAAAAAAUGUAUCUGAAGAGUUAUCUGUAAAACAUCAGACUGAACUGAACAAGAUGAAACAAAACUUAACAGCAGAAACUGAAGAAUUAAAGAAAAAAAUGGAGAAGCUAUCUCUUGAAAAAAGACAGGCUGAAAUGGAACAUAAAGAUCUAGAAAAUGAAUACCAUCUAGCCAUGAAAACACUGCAGAGUGAACAUGAAAAAGAUCUGCAAGAUGUAAAAGAGCAAAGCAAGAAACAAGUAGGAGAGUUGCAGCAGGAGAUACAGAAACUAAAGGCAGAAUCGGAAGAAGAAAUGGCACAACUUUGGUCACAACUGGAUAGCGCACGGGCAAGUCGGCAAGAAUUAAGUGAACUGAAAGUACAACUGCUUGCUCGUACCUCACAUGUGGAAGAACUGGAAUGUCUGAAAAAAGAUUUUCAGCUUAAAUGGGAAAAAAGAAGGACUGAACAUGAAACUGAAUUGGAACAACUAAGGCUUUAUUUUGAACAAAAAUUAAAGUCUGUGGAAGAAAAUUACAGAGAAGAAUUAACAAUGCUGCAUCAGAGAUUGCAAGAAGUAAAAGAUUAUUCCAUAGUAGAGAUGGAAAAAUCCCAAGAACAAGAUGUGGAAUUUGGCCCAUCUGUUACACUGUUGGAAGAGAUGACAGAAAGAGAGAGAUUGGAUUUGUUUGAACAGCUAACUCAGCAACUGGAGCACUAUAAGGAAGAACUUUGUUCUGUCCAACUGCGUUUGGACAAAAAACAUUUACAUGAGAUUGAGUUGUUAAGAUCUAGUCUCAUAUUCCAGUACCAAGAGAAUAUUAUGAAGAUGAAGUUGGAGCUCUCAGAUAAAUAUACUUCUGAAAUAGAACAACUGAAAAAGAAACAUUGUUUAAAUCUUGAACAGCUACGUGCCAAACUUUCAGAAGAACACCUCAAAGAAAUUACUAAAAUUCGUCUACAAAGUGCUCCAGAUGCUGCACAUCAGAUAGAAACAGAGGUGGCAGAGCAACUCCUGUUGUUGGAGAAUGAGUACAAGAAUGACCUUGGCUGUCUUCAGCUUGAAAUGCAGUCCAUUUCUACUCAACAAGGAGAAAUAGAAAAACUGAAGAGAAAAAAUACCGAAUUAAAGGAAAUCAGUGUUCAACAAGAAAAGCAUCUGAAAGAAGAAUUAGAACAGAUAAAGUGUAACCUAAUUGAAGAUCAUACGGAUGAAUUAAGAAGAACUAGAAAGGAGCUCCAGGAAUUGGAACAGACUCAUAAAGCAAAAGCUGAAGAAUGGAAACAUGACAAGGAGAUAUUGAUAGCGGAAACUGAAGAAAAAUUAUCAUUGCUUCGUAAAGAGCUUCAGGACAAGGCAGAAUAUGAGAAGCAAACAUGGCAAAGACAGUUUGACCUUCGAGAAGCAGAAAUGACUUGCCUUCAAGAACAGCAGGCUGCUCAACUUGUAGAAUUAGAGAAAGCUUUAAAGGAACAGCAAAAUCCUAUCCAGGAGUCAGAGGACAGUUUAGUAAAUGCACAAAAGACUUUGGCUCAAUAUAACAGUGAAUUAUCUUCCACAAAGAUCCUCAUGGCUGAAGAAUUAGAAAAAGCUGAACAAGUUUCACAAGAAGAAUAUGAGGCUAAAUAUAAAGAAGCACAAAGCAGAUUUUUGGAAGAGAAUAAAAAAAACAAAAUAGAGCAUGAAAUUCUUCUCCAUAAAUUGAGGGAAAAGCAUAUUGAUGAGCUAGAACUUCAAAAUAAAGAGUUGCAGCAGAAACACAAGGAACAAAUUUUGUCCCUUACAUCCAGCCAGCAAGCUGAAAUUGAAGUUCUCAAAUCUGCAUUAGAAAAAAAACAAGAGAAUUGGUUAGGGACUCAUGUGGCUGAUAUCCAGAGAAAUAAUCAAGCACACGUUACACAGUUGGAGACAAAGCAUUUAUCUGAUUUGAAUAGUCUGGAGGCUACAUACCUUUUUGAAAUUAAGUUCCUGCAAGAAGAGAAUGAGAAAACUCUUGAGGGUUUACAGAUAAAUUUGAAAGACCAAUUACUUCAGAAGGAUAAAGAAAAUCAAGUGCUUUUGGCUCAAGAAUUAAAUACAAUGAAACUUAAAUAUGCUGAAGAACUGCAGAUUUGUGAAGACAAUCUGAAAAUAGAGCUGGCUGGUGUUCACCUAGAAAAACUUAAAAUAAUGGCUGCUGAACGUGAAGAUGCUCAUAAGGAAGAAUUGACUGUAGCGCUAGAAAAGCAAAGGCAUUUGUUGGAGGAUGAGCAUCGUAAAGCCCUGGAUGUUUUGCAGAAAGAAGUUCUCCAAAUGGAGGAAGAACAUAAAAAAACAAUACAGCGCUUUCAAGAUCUCCAUUUGGUGGAAAUUCAGAAAGAAAAAGAAAAUUGUCAGCAGCUUCAGAGACAAUUGGAACAAAUAAAGUCAGACAAGGAGCAGUUGGAGAAAGAAGUCAACUUUUUAAAGAAAGAGGUGGAAGAGGCCAAUACUGAAUUAAAAAAUCUAUAUCCCCAAGGCAAGGAGAAUCAAGAAGGAAAUACUCUUAUAGCCUUGUUGAGAUCUGAUAUUGACAAUUGCAGGAAUGAAAGGGAUAAACUAGAAGAAUCUUGUCAUCAGGCUUUGAAAUUACUUCUGAAAAUGGUACAGUCCACAAAAGAUAUGGAAGAUCUUAUCUGCAAGAAAAUUGGCCUUUGUUUUGAUGACAGCUUGGCAGCUGGAGAUUCAAGAGAGAGUCAGAUCAUGUCUGGAGAAAUAGUACUUGCACACAGACUGAAAGCAAUGGAGAAAUGGAAAUUAAAGAAAAACAAUAGAAUUUGCCAAGGUGAAGUUCUUGAUCAGGCUCCACUUGAACACAGCUUUGAUUCUUUGGAACUGAGUGAGCAUUUAUGUGAAAGUAUUUUUGAAAAUCCAGAGCUUAUAUUUGAAAAUGAAGAAAGGAUUGAAAAAAUCUGCCAUUGUUUAUAUAUCACUGUGGAAAAACUUCUUCAGAUGCUUGCUGAAUCAACCAAACAAGAAAUGGAUAAUAUCUAUAGUCAUUCUAAAGAGGAAUGCAAGAAUAAGAAUUGGGAAGCAUGCCAAGUGCUUAAUGAGCAGCAUAAGUUAAUGGACUGUUUUAACGAAGAGAGUAAAGUGCAGAAUCAGCUUGCGUUGGAGCUACAUAAAGCAAAAGGUCUCAUUGAAGGUUAUUUAACAGAGAGACAUACUUUGGAAGAAGCUUUAAAUCUUAAAGAAAAAUCUGAGCAUCGUCUUGUUGCAGAAUUGGAAAACCUUAAAGCACAGAUUCAAAGGUUAACCCAGGAUAAUGCAAGAUUUGUAGAGGAACAAAAAUUACUCACAAGUCAAAAUAGAGCUUUGGCUGCCAAUGUGGGAGAGAGAGAAGUUGAAUUAAUCAAGGAAAUAGAGCGUCUAGCAAAAACAAAAUUAGAACUGCAGUGUCAAGCAGAGAAAGAUUGUUCAAAUUUGAAUACACAGAUAAAAAUCAUGGAGAUUGAACUUGAAGAACAGCUGAACAAAAAUCAAAAUCUAGCUGCAGUGGCAUCUGAAGUUACUGACCUAAAACAACAAAUGGAAGCUCUUGAAAGACAGCUGAAAAAUCAGAGAGAUUUCAUGGAUAAACAAGCUAUUGAAAGGGAACAUGAACGUGAUGAAUUUCAAGAAGAAAUUCAGAAACUAGAAAUGGAGUUAAAACUUACAAAAUCUCAAGCUUCUGGGAAGUCCAGAACCUAUCUGGUAGAAUCUCUCCAUAAUGAAAUAAAAGAGAGAAUGGAUGAUUACAACAGGCUUUUUGCAGAAAAAGAGCAAGUAGAGAAAAUCCUUACUGAUCGUAAUGAAGAAAUAGAAAAGCUGGAAGGACAAGUCAGGGACCUGAAUUGUCUGAAUAGGGAGGAGGCGAAAAAUGCUGAUAAACUCAUACAAGAACUGGAAAAAAUGAAAAAGAAGGAAAUUGAACUAAAAGACGAUAAAGAAACAUUGCAGCAGCAACAGAACAAAAAUUUAAUUCUGAUUUCCACUUUGCAGUCUAAACUCGAUGAAGUUAGACAUAGAGUACUUACUGAUACUAGUGUGGAUCAUAUGCUAAACGAACAAUUAAAAAUACAAGAAGAACUUAUAACGAAAAAAAGAGAGGCUGCAGAUUUAUUAGAACAACUUGAACAAUUUAAAGAGAAUUUAGUGAAUAAAAAUGAAGAAAUCUUACAGCUGAAAUCAAAGUUAGAAGUGGAAAAAAAUGUUAACAUCAACAAACUAAUCCAAUUGAAAGAAGAAAAUGCACACCUGAAAGAAAACAUUGAAAAAUUGGCGAUACAAAGUCAAAAUCCAGGUGAAAAUGAGCAGGUUAUUCUGCAGUUUCUGAAAUCCUUGCUUGAAGAAAAGAAUCAAGAAACUGAUCACUUGAAUGAGCAAAUAGAGAGACUGGAACAAAAAAUAGAGAAUAGCAAGGAAAAUGAGGUUCUGGAAAAGGAAAUGCUUGAAACUGAAGUCAUGAAAUCCAUUAUAGAAGAACUCCAUAGUGAGAAGGAGCAGUUGUUAAGAAAUAAAGCAGAAGAAGUCGAACAGCUCCAUAAAGUAAUUGAGAAGCUUCAGAAGGAGUCAGGAGUUCCUGUACCCGUGUAUCAUGAAGCUGAAAAUGGGCAAGGCAAUCCAAAUGACUUUUCUUUGGAAGAACAAGAAGAGAAUCUUGGAAAUCAAUUGAAGGAAGGGUCACAAAGUCUUAUAGAAAACAGAAGGAAUGAUGACAACCGUGUGUUGCUUAAUAACAGUCAGAAUGAGCUUCAGAGACAACUAGAAAUGUCUUUGAUGGAUAGGGAAACUUUGCAGAAGCUGCUUAAUGAACAAGAAUCUCAGUUUGAAAUGGAAUUUAAUAUCCUAGAAAAAAAUCUUGAAAAUGUUCAGGAGUCUUCUAGACAGCACUUUUCUGAACUAACAUCUUUACAGUUGUUAUAUAAAGAAUUGCAAGAAGAACACAUGCUUCUGAAGAUGUACAUAAUGCAAAAGGAAGCUGAAAUGACAGAGAUGAAUUCAUGUACUCAAGAUCUUGAAGUUAACCUGAGAGAGAGAGAAAUGAAACUGUUAGAGACAGAACUACAACUCCAGAUAGUAUCAGAGCAGAAAGUAGAGCAGGCAGGUAAAGUUCAACAUAUGAGAGAAAAUGUUGUGAAACUUGAAAAUGAACUUAAUAUUAUGACACAAACACUGUUCAACAAAGAGACCACUUAUCAAAGAGAGAUAAGUGAACUUCAAGCUACUGUUGCAGAACUGAAGUCUGAAAUUGAGAAAAAGGUGGAGGAACUAGAAAUACUAAGAUCUGAAAAAGAUUUGUUUAGCUCACAGUUGAAGACACCUAUGGAAAAAGACCAAGACAACUGCCAAAAAGAAAUUAAAUAUCCUAAGUCACUGUUUGAUCUUGCUGCUUUUUUCCCUUCUGAGGAAAAAGAGAAAGGGGAAGAAGAAAGAGAUUUAAGUAAUAUGCUUUCAGCAUCUGCUGAAUUUUCUUUUCCACUGGAGGAAGAUAGUAUGACUAAUCUGCAGAUCUCCAGCAAAAAUCCAAAUACUCACAAUAAACAACCACAAGACAUCCCUUUCAUUCAGGGAGAGCAAACAGAUCCUGAUGAAGGGCAGCAAAAUCUGAAACCUCUUUUUCAAAAAAUGCAGCAAUUGAAUCAUGCUUCUCAAAGCUCACAAAUCUCUCAAACAAUAUCAGAUCGCUUUCAGAAAAUAAUCAUGAAUACAACCUUGUGGGAUUCACCUGAGAAUAUGAGAAAAGAGAACAAAAGUUUAGAGUUCCAAGCAAGUCUUUCCUUAACACCCUUCUCAGAAGCUGAUGUUAUGCAUAGUAAAGCCUUUGAAAGCCUAAGCUCAGAGAACUCAGUCAUCCAGGAAGACACCCCUAGAUUUUUAGAAUGGCCAUAUUCUAAUGGCAGUGAGGAAGCAGCAGCCAAUCUCCACUUCCUGUCUUCUGCAUUCCCAGAACCCACCUCUUCUAUUAACAAGUGCAAUGGUGUACAAGAAAAUGUAACAGUAAACGAUGCUGAAGUCUUCUCUCUGAUGCCACCUGAGUUACAAGAUGGUCUAAAACUGACAAUGUCCAGACUUCAAAAUGCAAGCACUGAAUAUGGAAGCAGUACUAGUUUAGAUUUAAUACUUCAGCUUAAUCAGGCAGAGCCAGAAAAUAAGGUAUACCAAGACAGCAAUGCCAUGGCUUCUCUGCAAUGUUUUGGAAUGACUCCAGAUGUCACUGCAUCAACAGUAAAAGAAACCGAAAUGUUGUCACAACAGUUGAAGAAUGUGCUAAAGAUGGUGUGUGACGAGAGUUACAAAAUACUAGUUCUGUCAGAAAAAUCUCUACCUCUCGAUGAUGGUGAUAAGAUUCAACAAGUUCCGUCAGUGGAGGGUUGGCAAAGAGAGAGCCUAAUCUUGCUUGAUAUAAUACAAUCACUGAAGAGUUAUCUCAAACAAUCCGAUAAAGAAAAUCAGGAGCAACAGCAAAAGAGGGCUGUGGAACAUCCUUCACCUUCAGACAGGAACAGCUUGCUUUCUGAUAUACAGGAUCUUGAAGUUCAGUUGAGACUUCCACAUCUUCAAAGCCAAGAGAAGCUACAGGAACUUCAAGAAACACUUAUAGAUACAGAGAAUCAUGGGAAAAAGCAAGAACACCAGCUUCAAAGACAGGUUGAACAACUAGAAUACAAACUUCAGCAACAGCAAUCCAUUGCAGACGACUUGCAAGCUUCCCUAAAACAUGAACAAGAGAAAGCUUCUGAAAUGCAUGAAUUGCUGAAACAGGAACACACUGCAAUAUUGAAUUUGAAAUCAGAUCUUUGUGAGAGCAAACAAACAAAUGAGAGGUUAGAAAAAUCUUUACAAAAAACCCAAAAUGAAGUAAUUAAAUACAGUUCUGUAUUGGAAAAUAAGGAGAGAAGUAUUACAGCAGCACUUGAGGAUUUACAGAGUGAACAUCUUAAAAACAAAGAAUUAGAGAUUAUGUUGGAUGAACAACGGCAACAGCAUAAAAUAAGAGAGGACGAGAAAUCAAAAGCCAUAGAGGAAUUGCAAGCUGCCUUGGAGCUACAGUGUAUUCAGAAUAAUCAGUUAACUGUGGCUUUAGAGCAUGAACAGUCAGCAAACAGUAAUCUGUGUAAAGAACUCCAAAUUGAACAUUCUCGCUGCGAGGCUUUAUUAUCCAAAGAUCAGAAUAAACUUUUGGAACUGCAGAAAAAUUUAGAUACUGAGAAAAAACAAAAUACAGACCUUUUAAGUGCCUUGAACCACGAACGUGUUUUGACAGAACAUCUGACCAUGAGAUUAAAUGAAUGUGGAACUUGUAAACAUAAAGAUUCAUUGCAGGAAUUGCAAGCUCAGUUGCAUUUAGAAAGGUCCCAUACUAAGGAGCUUUUAGCCAUAAUUGAGAAAUCACAGCAGCAGGUAUUUGAUUCAAAGAAACAAAUGGAUGAAAUGCAAAUGUAUUGUAAAGAAUCUCAACAAGAACCAAAUCUCCAAAAUACUGUUCAAGUUACAGAGUCAAUGAUGCAAAAUAAAAAACAGGAUGUUAUUCAUAUUUUGGAGGAACAGAGAGAAAAAGAAGCACAAAUGAAAAGGGGGUGGGAACAAUUGCAAUCCAUUCUCAGAUCAAUGAGAGAACAAGAGAUCAGGUCAGUACAAGGAGAAAGAAAAAGGACACAGGAGCAACAAACGGAAUGUCACUGUCUAAGGACACUGCUAGAAGCUCAAGAAAGUCAAAAUGAGUCCACAUUACAACAUUUGCAAAACUGUAGAAGAUUCAAGGAAUUGCAACAAAUGCUAGAAGAUCUGAAGAAACAGGAAGCAUUAUUAAAGAAAUAUAACCAAUUUCCUUCAAAAAAUAAUUAUACUAACUUAACCUUUACAACUGAUACUUUAAGAUUGCAUGUGGAACAACAGAAAUUGGAAAACAUCAGAGAACAACUGGUUCUUAUUGCUGCAUAUCUUUCUGAGUUCAUAUAUAAAACUAUAGACAAAACAGUACACUGGGCUGCAUCAGAUGAUGAGAUAGUUGCAGCCUUACUUCAUAUACUUGAAAUUAAAGAAUUACUGGCUUCUUCCAAACAUGUGGUUAUCCCUACAAAUAUAAUUCACUCUGUGCAAGUAUCAGAAGGGAAUAUUUACCAGGAUAAGCAUGGUUUACAGAAUGGCUUGAAAGCAAACUAUGAAGCAACACAAAAUUUUGUGAUGGAAAAGAAGCUAACUGUGAUGCCUUCCAGUGUAAAGAUGCAAAAGCUAUAUCGGAAGUAUCUGAGGGCUGAGACUUUUAGGAAAGCCCUGGUUUAUCAGAAAAAAUACCUUCUUCUGCUUCUGGGUGGAUUUCAAGAAUGUGAGCAAGCAACAUUGUCCCUGAUAGCACGCAUGGGCAUUUAUCCUUCUCCUCCUGAUCUAAGUGUUUCUGAAUCACGAAGCCGUUUUUUUACCAAGUUCAGAUCUGCAGUCCGAGUAGUCAUUGCAAUAUUAAGAUUAAAAUUUCUGGUGAGAAAAUGGCAUAAAGUAAGUAAGAAAGAAAUGCCACAGGAAGCCACUACUUCUAGCCUUGGACACAACUCAUAUCCCAUAGCUAGUAUAGAAGUACUAAAGCAACAGCAGCCCUUCCCAAAUUAUGCUACUCAAGAAGGUGAAUACUGCAACAGAAAUAAUCUCAUGAGACUUGCCAACUGCACCCCUACAUCCUUACACCAUUUACAUAACAGGUCUACUAGUUUUACUUCACAAACUUCAUCAAAAGAUCCUGAACAUUCAUUAACUGAAUACAUUGCGCACCUGGAGGCCAUUCAGGAAAGAUUAGGAAUUCUUCUGCCAGGACAAACUGCACAAGAAAACAGUUAAAUGUAGCAAGAACCCACCUUGAAUCUGAACUAGAGUUCUUCGGUCACUGCUUUAUUCUCCAGUGAACAGCUUGCACAAGUGUUGCACCCUGAGUUUACUGGAUCUUUCAACGCUGAUGUUCAUUUGAAUAAAGGGGUCUCUGUGUGAUAGUUUUUGUAUCAGAUUUUAUAAAAAAUACUUUUUUUGUUUUAAUGUGCUUAUUAUACUGAUAUUCCAUGUGAAAUCAUCCUCAUUUUUUAUCAAAAUUACUAGGAAGCUUAAAACUGCAAUAGCUUUCCUUCUCUGUAUUAUUAAUGCUAAAUACAAAAUAUAUCUUUUUAUUAAAAAUGUUCAAAUGAA